AUGUGCACAGCAAAGUGUUCAAAGUGCAUUGGGAUCACCCUGUUCCCACUGGCUACAUGUGCUAUAGUCUCCAAUCUUCUCCUGUACUUCCCCAACGGACAAGUUCUGCAGCUGAGUGAGAUAACUGACCUGGUCUGGUUUUUCCAUGGCAUUUUGGGAGCUGGGAUACUGGUUAUGUUACCAGCAUUUAUGAUGCUGGGAGCAGGCGGAGCAGGAUGUUGCGCUAACAGAUGCGGGAUGCUGCUGUCCGUGAUUCUGGCUGUGCUGGGAUUUGCAGGAGGAGUGUACUGUGUGGUCAUCUCCUCACUGGGGCUGAUUGGUGGACCUCUGUGCAACACAGGUGAUGGAGAGUACAUUUACCCUUUCAGGAAUGACACACUGGAAGACAAUUAUUUGUUCAAUCAGACAACAUGGAGCACUUGCAAAGAGCCUGCAAACAUCAUCCUUUGGAAUAUUGUCCUUUUCUCUAUUCUCCUGGCAAUCGGUGUGAUUGAAGUUGUCCUUUGUUUUAUUCAAGUCAUCAAUGGACUUAUUGGCUUCAUAUGCGGCACAUGCAUGAGAAAACGAAAGGUUGGUAUGCAGCAAAAGGUAUCAGGGUGCUUACAUUCUUACCACUUUUUCAGACUGUUUGAGAGUGGUAAAUGGUCGAGCAGAUCUACACAACCCCUGAACGAACUCAUCUGGGGAGCUGAGGCAGCACAUGCAUUUGCGCACAGCCCUCUCUCCAUGCCAUGGUGGUCAGGGACAAUUCAGUCCUCAGAUGUUUUAGAAGAGCAGUGUGCUAUGCUGGACUGA